AUGAAAACUCAAUCUCCAAGUCCGGUCCAAACACAGCACCCAUCCCAGUGAUCCCACCUUAUCAUCAUCUUCCCCGACCAUCCCCGAAACCCACUAACCCAAAAAGCCAUGGAGAUCUCAUCUGUAACUCUAUCUUUCUCUUCAAAUCCAAGAAUACCCUUACCUUCUCUCCCUUUCUCUUCCUCCAACUCCUCCUUUCUCUCCAGCAUUGCCACCACCGCUUUCUUGAAGAAAACCAAGCCCAAAAGUAACACUCUGGUGGUGACCAGAACCAGGACCAGAACUGAGCCAGCCAAGAAGGGUCUCACCUGCAACGCUUUGUUUGGUCUUGGCGUGCCCGAGCUGGUUGUUAUUGCGGGAGUUGCGGCUCUGGUUUUUGGGCCCAAGAAGUUGCCCGAAGUGGGCAAGAGUAUUGGCAAGACCGUCAAGAGCUUUCAACAGGCAGCAAAAGAGUUUGAGUCUGAAAUUAAAAAAGAACCCGAUUCCAUACCAGAGGCCCCAGUGGAGAAACCUACAGCCUUGAGUGAAGAGGAGAAACAAGGUGUCGAAGUUCCAAGCUCAAAGGAGAGCGUAUGAUAUUGUAGACAUGCCACUUAUUAGAUUGUCGCAUUGUUCAACAGUUGCACUGACGGUUUUAAUAUCUUAUUCAUAUCUAAUGUAGAUUAGUUAUGUAAGAAAUUGCCUUCUUCUUCAUGAUUCAGAUCAUGGUUGGCUAAGAGUCAAAACAACGUUAUCUAGAACCAUACGUUUGGUCAAAUUGACCAAUUUUUGCGUCUUCUUUGUUUUGUUAAGUAAUUUGAAUAAAGUGGUAAAGCUGAAAUUGUUUUGAGAA